UGCUCCUUCUUUGUUGAUGGUUAUUUGUGGUUCUUUUUUUUGUUUUCAUCUUUGAUUGUGGUGUUAAUUGUUAAUUUUUUUUUCGAUAAUUGAUUUGAUUUUUACUAAUUCAUCUUCUUCUUUCUGAUUGUCAACCAUUUUAUAUGCUUCUACUGUUGAAUCUAUUUUACUUUUCUCUGUUUCUCUUAAUCUAAAAACCAAAAAGGAAGAAGAACAAAAAAUAGAAUAGAAAAAAAUUGUUUACUAUGUUUAAGACCAAACCCAUUGGUUCGGCAGCUGCUGCUGGAGCCCUUGAUGAGGACAUGUUCUUAAAGGCUUUCGAAAAUCCUCCCAAGGUCAAUUUACCAUCGGUCAGAGAUGCUGAACAAGAAUUUCGUUCCAUGUGUGAAUUUUUAUCCAAUUCAAGUAUUGAUUGGCAACGAAGGGUUGACACUUUGAAACAUUUUCGAGGCUCCAUCAAUGCUGGUAUAAUGGAUUACAAGGAGAUUGUGGAUAGCCUGAAAUUAUGUGAAUUACCCUUUCAAAAUUGUGUUAAAGAUUUAAGGAGUCAGGUCGUUCGGGAAGCUUGUAUAACCAUUGCUUUCAUGUCCUUCAAGGUUGGAUUAAAAGUGGCUCGAUUUUGUGAAGCCUUGUUACCCACUCUGUUUAACCUGAUACCCAAUAGUGCCAAGAUAAUGUCCAGUUCAGCUUUGGUUUGCAUUAGGUUAAUCUUUCAAUACACUAAAUCAGCUCGUUUAAUACCAAUUGUAGCUUCUAAUUUAAAUUCUAAAUCAAGAGAAAUUCGUAAAGCGUGUUGUGAAUUUUUGGAUGUCAUUGUUCAUACCUGGUCAUCAUCUACCCUAGAGAAACAUAUUCCCAUUCUUGUUGAUGCAAUUAAACGAGGAAUCGCUGAUGCCGAUGCUGAUGCCCGAAGAUCAGCUCGUAAAGCUUUCUGGGGAUUUGCUGAACAUUUUAAAGAACAAUCUGAAUCACUUUUAAAUUCACUUGAUCAAAGUAAACAAAAAGCUCUUUUCAGUGAUCAUCCAUCAGUUAGUAAUUCAAGUAGCACCAAUUCAUUGAUACAAUCAGAUUCUGGACACCAUUCACUUCAGCCCAUUAGAUCAAUUUACAGUUCAACCCGAUCUCCAAUGCCAUUUGCAUCAAGCAGCUCAGUUGAAAAUCUCAAUCGCCCCAUUACCAAUAUCUCCUCAAUUAAUCGUAAUCGAUCCGGAAUACCAAUAUUUAACUCACCUAAACCCGAUCCAGUUUCCACUUCUGUACCCUACCCUCUCCGCACGACAAGUGCCAUUGACGUGGGCGCAGCAAGGCGGGCAAGAGCUCGAGCUGCUAUUGCUGUCGCCAACGCCAGGUCCAAUCAUGUGUCUGGUGACUAUUUGACUCGGUCUUCAGUUAAAAGGACACCAUCAACUCUCUCAAGUAAAACAAAUGCAUCUUAUCAAGUGUCAACACCGGUAACGGUCACUUCACCUGAACGAGUUGCUCGUUCUAGAGCAAGAAUGUCACAAUCUCAGCCCACAAGUCGUUCAAAUUCACCAAGUCGAACGGGAUCUUCCAGUUCUCAGGUUGAUUCUGGUUUAAGAUCAAGACGACGCUCAGGUAUUCCAGUAUCUACAAGUCGUGAUACAAGUCCAACUCGUCCAGCGAUCACCAGUUACGCAGCAAUGGAACGUCGUCUUAGCAAUAGUUCAACACGUUCCAAGAUAAUAACAAAUAGUAACAAUAUAGCAACUCCAACCACCGCCACAACUACAAUUGGUCAAACUGAGAAUACAAAAGUAAACUCUAAACAAUUAAUGGCCGAGAAAAUAUUACAACAAAGUCACGAAGCUGAAGCAGCCAUGGCCAGUGCUCUAAGAACCACCAAUCCAAUUCUUCCAAGGCAUCGAUAUGGAUUCGAUGACCAUUCAGACGAAAGUGAAACUUCAAGCGUAUGUUCUGACCGAUCAUUUGGAGGCAGAAAUAUUGAGGAUGUAUCCGAAAUAAUCAGGAAUCUUUCAAGUGCCCAUUGGUCAGAUAGGAAGGAGGGUCUUCUUGGUUUACAAUUUUUCCUCCGCCAUUCAACUCGAUCACUACACACCUAUGAGCUGAAAAGAGUCACCGAUAUAUUUACCAAGAUGCUUUUAGAUCCACAUACUAAGACGUUUACUUUAUUCUUGGAGAUUCUUAAUGAGCUGAUUAUUGCCUACAAACAUGAGCUCAACAAUUGGCUUUACAUUUUGAUGACACGAUUGUUUUUAAAGAUGGGUCAUGAUACUUUGAAUUCUGUUCAAUCAAAAAUUGCUGAAACAUUGGACCUAAUCCGUGACUCUUUUUCACCCUGUGACCAAUUACAUGUGAUAAUUAGAUUUUUAUCUGAUCAAACUCAAACACCGGGAGUUAAAUCAAAGAUCAGUACACUUCUUUACAUUAAUUGCCUUUUACCGACCAUUGAACCUGGUGAAUGGGCAACAAACAGUCAACAUGAAACUCAAGUUGCAUUAAUGAAAAUAAUCUCCUGGACAGCUGAUCCAAAAAGUUCUGAACUUCGUAAAUGCUCAGCGGAAGCACUUUUAAACCUUUUUAACCUAAAUGAGAAUGAAUUUCUUGACAAUGUUUACGGUUUACCCAAAAAUUAUCAAGAUGCAGCAUUUCAAGUUAUCCAAAUUAAACGACGAUCAUCACAGGAGUCCAAUUAUGCUAAAAUAUCAUCUCCCUUACACAAUCCGGGAGCAUCUUUUUUCAACACCUCUAGUCCCUCACGAAAUACAUACAACUCAUCAUCAUCAACAUCAUCAUCUGAUAUUGGUAUAUUAGGUAUAAUGGCAAGUGGACUAAGUGGCAGCGGAGGAGGCGGCGGGGUUAGUAAAAGUCAACCCGUUAAUAGUCAAUUAAAAAGCUCGAACCAAAAUGAUUAUCUUUAUGAUGAUGCGGAAAACAUGAAUCCUGAAGAGAUUUACAAUUCAUUGAAACAAACAACUGAUGAGAUACAAAAGUAUAAAUUUGAGGUUUCCAAUAUGGACAAAACGUUGACCAGUUCACAAUUACAAGGAUUUAACGAAACAAUUAAAAAUGGCUCCUCAACUGAGUCCAGUCCAAAGAAAACUUUUCUCACCUCAUCACAGGAAAUGUCAUCAUUAUCCAAAGAUUCAGGAAUCAGUCAAAUUGAUGGGAAUAUUAAAGCAACAACCAUAAUCGUUAAUCCAAAUCGGAUCAAUAACAAUUCACCAACCAAAACAAUCAAUAAUAAUAGACAUUGUACUGAUUCAUCAACAUGUUCAUCUUCAUUUCAACCAAUCAAUAGUAAUAAUAACAAUUGUCACAAUGGUAAUCAAAUGAUGGAAACACCAGAGAAACAUUUUAACAUGGACAAUGUAACAUUGGUUUUAAGUAAUCUCAAAAGUGGAUCAAAGGAAAUUCAAUUUCAAAAAUAUGCUCUAAAUGAGUUAAUUGAAUUAAUUCGUGAAGGUUCAUCACUUAAUUGGGAUAAAUUUUUUAAAGAUAUUUUGAAAGUUCUUCUCGAUAAGAUUAAUUCUGAUCCGAACAGUGUUAUUCGUGCACUCUCAUUGAAAGUAUUGUGUGAACUUUUGAUCCAACAAUCAAAUUAUUUCCUUGAUUAUAUUGAAUUAACCAUUUUAAGGAUUUUGGAGGCAAGUAAAGACAUGGAAAAGGAAGUUCAAUCGGCCUCCUCGUCAGCGGCAUCAACAGCGGCCGCUGUUUUACCCUCUCAACUUUGUCUCAAAGUGUUGAAAAGUGUUAUAACCACCGGAGAGUUCCCAAUGAAUCAAGCAGCAAUUAAAAUGUUAUUAAAGAUAAUUGAGAAACAAUCGCAGGAGACAAUUGAAAGUCUAUUACCUGAUAUGAUGCCUCCCUUGAUCCAGGCAUACGACAAUCCUGAAAGCGCUGUACGAAAAGCUGCUGUUUUUUGCAUGGUGGGAAUCCAUGGUCGGGUUGGCGAAAGGAUGAAGCCCUAUCUUAAUGGGCUUAGUGGCAGUAAGAUGAAGCUCCUAAAGCUUUAUAUUGACAGAGCUAAAAGUCAAUCAAGUGGAUGUAAUUCACCAGUAUCACCGGUUACCUAUGUCUCCAGCUGAUGAAAUGAUGAUGAGAAUACAGAAAAAAGUCACAAUCAACUCCUUCUUAUUGUAAACAUGUCUCUCUCUCUCUUUCCAUUCAUGAGGCUAUUCAUAUGAAAGAUGAGCUAAAUGAUCAUCAGAAACAAAAAAAAACACGAUCGAUAAAUCCGAUCCUGGUUACAUCAUGAAUCCACUAAAACUCCUUGUAAAUCAUGAUCACAAUUAUGGUUAUUAUGAUGAUUAUAAUGAUUAAGAUGAUGUAAGAGAUGAUAAAUUAUAUAUAUUGAGUUUUUGAUGCAAAGAUGCAAAGAUGAAAAGCAGAUUAAGGAUUUUUUUUUGUUUCCAACGUAGCUGAUGUAUCUAAAAUGAUUAAAUCUAAUUGCCAGAUCUUUAUAUCUUCAACUUGUAAUAUAUUACGUCAAGUUGGAUGCACAUCUAUUUAUAUGGUAAAUCACAUCGGAGAGAGUAAAAAAUGAAUUACAAUUCGAGUGCCACACCAGUGCCAUAGUUUAAUCCAAAAGACGUUGAUGUACAAUUGACUGGACUGUACAUGUACCUGUAAUUGUAAAUCUCUCGUAACAAUUGGCUGAUUAAUCAACUUGAAUCAACCAUUCAGAUGAUUCAGACAUUGACACACAUCAAAAGAAAAUGAAAAAAAACUUAUUAAUUCUCAAUUCCAACGAAGGCCUUUCAACAUUAUUCAACUAAUCACAACACUAAUUAUAAAGCAAUCAAAUCAACAAAGAAAGAAAUCAUUCAAUAGAUUCCGAGUAAUUGUAAACAUGGAAAUUCAUUCCUCUCAAUGGUGUCAAAGGAAAACUUUUCUCCUUCAUUGUUCAUCAUCUUCCUUUUCUUUUCUCUCUCUCUUGGUUUAUGUUACAUCUCAUUCUCUCAUCAUCCAUCAUUCUCAUCAUCAUGAUCAAGAACAUGGCGAUAAGAUGAAAAGAAUUAUCAACGAACCCACCAUAACCAUUGACGAUUUUUUGGUCUUCUUUUGUCGAAAGCACUUUGACCUCUAACCCCUUGGAUCGUUGUUGCUUAUUAUUGACUAUUAUUUCGCUGUUUCUCUUAUACAUUAUCAUUAUCAUUCUCAUCUUAUAUAUUUCACUGAUCAUUUUUAAAAUAGAAAAACUGAAAAAUGUUGAAAUUGAAAUUCUCCAUUCAGUUUAUCUCCAUUUUCCCCUGUAUUAUAGUCUUAAUGGUAGAUUUUUUCAGCCAUUUUCUCCUCCCUUUUUUCUCCUUCAUUCAACUUGAUUGUUUUUCUUUUUCUUUCCAAAGAUCUUUAUUUAUUUCAGACUAUGGAUCCUCAUGAAAGAAGUAAGAAAGAUUCGGAAGAGAGAUGAUCUCUCUCUCUCUCUUGCUCUUGCCAAUGAUUUGAACCAAGAAAGAUACAAUUUAAGAUUUCAGUGUCAAUAAUAAACCGAUGAACAUGUUUAUGAAUUUCAGCUGAUAACCUUGUGGAAGCAAAAACUUUUUGUUUAUUGUUAAGCUGAACAAGAGGAUCACGAGAAGACAAUAGAGGAAACAAGGAAACGAAUUUGGCUCAAUUGAUUACCGAUACAUUCCUUUAUUAUCAUCAUUCAAUAUCAUCAACAUAAUCUUCAAUUUGAAUUAAUCAUAACAAUCAAAAAUCCUUCCAUCUUCUUAUCACCACCAAAAACAUGAAUUGAUUCAUUUUCCUUCGUUCUAUCAUGUAUUUAUCUUUCCGAAUCCUUUUGAUCCUUGUAUCUCUCUCUCUCUCUCUCUCUUCACCUCUGACUUUCAAUUUCUCACUGAUCUCCUCUAUCUCUUACACAUCAAUUCUUCAUCUUUCUGAACCUUUUCCCCAUUGUUCUUGUUUCUCAUCACGAUUUUCAUCAAUUUGCUCAUCUCUUUCUCUCUCACACACACAAACAAUCAGCAUGAUGAAAACACUCAUGAAAUUUAAGAUUACUGAUUGAUACUCUCUCUCUCUCUCUCGCCCUCCCUCCCUCUUUCUUUAGUAAUAACUUUCUCAAUAAUUUCUCAACAGUCUGUUGAAUAUAAUGUAAUAUUAAAUUGCCUGAGGAUAAGUUUAUCAUAUCCUUUAUCAAGGCUGUUUCAUGAUGAUUAAUAACAAA